AUGGAGGAGGCCAUGCACUUCCUGGACGAGCUCAAGGGCAAGUACCUGCACCAGGUGGAGCAGGCCAUCGAGGACUGGGACUACCAGGACUUCUCGCCGGACAAGCGCUGCGCGCUGCUCGAGAACGAGGAGGAGUACGACACGCGCGAUGGCCCAGACGAAAGCCAGGUCAUUAAGCCCAUCCCCAAGUCGGUUCGCAAGGCGUGGGUGGGCCUUACACCCGAUGCCGAGCUCGAAAAUUUUGACUGUGCUCAAGCCGCAGUGAAGCUGUGCGGAUACGAGUCCAAGCUCGUGGCUGUGUGCACGCCACCCGGAGGUAUCCAGGGCAUCCCCGACGCUGAAAGUGUGCGGCGGCUACUUGCACAGAUUCCUCGGCUGGACGCGGCAAAUGUGAGUGCGGCUUUUGCCGCGCGACUGCAGGACGACGACGCACAGCACUCGUGGCAAGUGCGCGCCAAGGCGAUCGUCUUGAUGCAGAUGCUGGCUGAGAUCAAACCGUUUGCGGCGCGAUACAUUCCGGCCUUCCUCGCCGACCAAGGCCUAUUGAAGCAGCUCGAAGCCCUUCGUACUGGCAAUUACAAGCCGGUGGUCCGUGAGGGCGCGCGCAAGCUGCUGUCGUUGAUCCGCUCGAAUGGCGCGAACCCAGCCUUUGUUCCCAAGGAAAGUCCGAUGACGAAGCCUCACCCGUCCAAGCUCACGAUGUCGCCGGGUAAACUGGCGGUGAACAAGGUGUUCAAGCCGGAGCCCAUCAUGUCCAAGGGCACCUCACUGCGUGUUCACAGCGCCAGACCGUCGUUGGUCAUGAGUCCGAAGGUCUCGCAGGCCGUCCAGGCUUCGUGGAGACGCCGCAACAGCGUGACGAAGUCCGAUCACGAAGACGAUGACAACCUCAUGCCCUACCAGAAGAUCCAGCAGACUGCGGCCGCUAGAAACUCGUGGAUUUAUGGUGGUGGUGCAGGGCAAAGUGGAGGAAUGACGCGACAAUCCUCGAUCACCACUUCGAGCUCGAGACUGGACAGCGGGCGACUCAGCGCGUUCUCCUUCGUCCAGUAG